AUGGAUGUUCUAUCCCAUCGGAACGAGAACGUCAAUGCAGGCGAUGCCGCCGUCGAAUCAAAGAAGCCCAGAAUGGAUGAUCAGCUGCUAACCGUUCGCUUCGUGAAGCUGAAUCCGGACGCGCAAGCUCCAGUUUAUGGUUCAGCUGCUGCUGCUGGUGCAGAUCUUUUCAGUGCUGAAGACUGUGUCGUCCCGGCACAUGGUAAAUACUGUGUAUCUACUGGGCUGCAGGUUGAACUUCCGUUCGGAUAUUACGGACGGGUGGCACCCCGUUCCGGUUUAGCAGCGAAGCAUUUUGUCGAUGUUGGUGCAGGCGUCGUAGACAGCGACUAUCGUGGGGAAGUGAAAGUCUUGCUUUUCAAUUUCGGACCGUCUGACUUUGAGGUCAAAAAAGGGGAUCGAAUUGCCCAGUUCAUAUGCGAACGUAUUGCUCAUUGCAAAUACGAGGAAUGUUCAUCCUUGACUGGCACCGUUCGAGGUGAAGGUGGAUUUGGAUCCACUGGAAAGUAA